AUGGAUCCUAACCAAUUUAAGAUGUUCUUGGAGCAUCAGUCCAAUAUAUUUACCCAGUUGAUGCAGAGCAUGGCCGCACUGAAUCAGCAACAGCGACCGCAACCACAACAGCAAGUGAAAUCGACUACUGUUCCGGUUCCUCAGCCGUCGCCAUUAUCGUUGGAAGGAGACAUGACAGCAAACUUUGACUUCUUUGAGAGAAAUUGGCGAAACUAUGUAAGUGCUAUGGAAAUGGACAAAUGGCCUCCAGCGGAUAAUCCAAGAAAAGUGAGUGUGUUGCUUUCGGUCAUUGGCGAGGAAGCCAGAAAACGGUUUUUCAAUUUCGAACUAACCCCAGCGCAGCAGAUUGACCCAGAAGCUGCGUUAGUAGCUAUUAAAGCAAAAGUCGUCACAAAAAGAAACAUAAUUGUUGACCGACUUGACUUUUUCUCAGCUGUUCAUUCACCUAACGAAACAGUUGAUGAUUUCACAACCCGACUAAAAACCCUAGCCAAGGUUGCUAAGCUAGGAGAACUGGAAACGGAAUUCAUCGCGUUCAAGGUAGUAACAGCAAACAAGUGGCCACAUCUUCGUACUAAAAUGUUACCUAUGGCAGAUAUAACUCUGGAUAAGGCUGUUGAUUUAUGUCGUGCAGAAGAAAUAGCGUCGCAGCGGUCUUAUGAGCUGGGAGCUUCAUCUUUGCAAACAGAGGUAAACAAGGUCCUCAAAUCGAAUAAAAGAGCAGCUAGGUGCAAAUUUUGUGGAGACUACCAUGAAUUUACAAAAGGUACCUGUCCGGCGUUAGGUAAACGCUGCCGCCGGUGCAAAAAGAAAAACCAUUUUGAAAAGAUGUGCAAGGUAUCAGGUAAUAAACCGAAAGUACGAAAAUCCAGACGCGUUAAAGAGGUGAAAGACGGCAACUCAGAUUCAGAAUCGACCAUGACAGGUAGCGAGUCGUCAAACGAGGAAACAGACGAUGAAUAUGAAAUAAGAAAAAUUUACGACAACUCGAAUACAGGUGGAAGUGUCUUGGCCGAGCUGAGCUUAAAGUUCAAUAAAAAAUGGAGAUCGGUCCUUUGUGAAGUUGAUACGGGCGCCAACACUAGUUUGGUUGGACACUCUUGCCUAGUUGAAUUGUACGGCACGCGCAAUAUUCCCGUUCUCCCUUCAAAGUUCCGUCUACAGAGCUUUGGAGGCAACUCUAUCAAGGUAUUGGGCCAGAUCAAAGUUCCAUGUCGUCGGUUGGGAAAGAAAUUCAUCCUCGUUUUGCAAGUUGUGGACGUCGAGCACCGUCCUUUACUCUCGGCGAAUGCAUCAAGAGAACUCGGUCUUGUCAAGUUCUGUAAUACAGUUGCUUUUGGUGAACCAAGCUCAAGUUGUCACUCAGACGACCAGCAGAAAAAAUUACUCAACAUUCACCGAGUAAAGGCACAGCAGAUUAUCAACGAGCAUCAACAAUUGUUCAAGGGCUACGGAAAACUUCCAGGGUGUGUUUCACUUGAGAUAGACAACAGCGUCAUCCCAUCGAUACAACCUCCUCGUCGUGUACCAAUCGCGAUGCGAAAUAAGCUUAAAGCCGAAGUGGAAAGCCUUGAGAAGGACGGAAUCAUCGUCAAGGAAACAUCACAUACAGAUUGGGUGAGUAAUGUAGUGAUUGUCCAGCGCGGGGACCCAAGUUCUGGUGUUCGAAUUUGUCUAGAUCCGGUAGUCCUUAAUAAAGCGUUGAAAAGGCCAAAUUUACAGUUUGUGACCUUGGACGAAAUAUUACCGGAAUUGGGAAAGGCCAAAAUUUUCUCGACGGUAGAUGCCAAAAAAGGCUUUUGGCAAGUAGUACUCGAUGAGCCAAGUAGCAAAUUGACUACCUUUUGGACUCCAUUUGGUCGCUAUCGAUGGACCCGUUUACCGUUUGGAAUAGCACCGGCACCUGAAAUAUUCCAACUUAAGUUGCAAGAAGUAAUUCAUGGCCUAAAGGGAGUGGAAUGUAUUGCUGAUGACCUCCUUGUGUACGGUGUAGGGGAAACAUUUGAAGAAGCUCUUAUAAACCACAAUGAAAAUUUGGAUAAAUUGCUUCAACGGCUAGAACAAAAUAACGUCAAAUUAAAUAAGGCCAAGUUAAAAUUAUGCCAACGAUCUGUGAAGUUCUACGGUCAUAUUCUUACCGAUCGUGGUCUGCAGCCAGACGAGUCAAAAGUGUUAGCGAUCAAAAAUUUUCCAAGGCCAAUGAAUCGCAAGGAAGUCCACAGAUUUGUCGGUUUGGUUACUUACCUUGGACGUUUCAUCAGAAACCUUAGCGAAAAUUUAGCAAAUCUUCGUCGAUUAAUCCCAGAGUCCGAACCAUGGAAAUGGAAUUCAACGGAAGAAAAAGAUUUUAAUAAAGUGAAAUCACUGGUUGCCGAUAUGAAAACAUUACGUUAUUACGAUGUGCAUGAGCCGCUGAUAAUAGAAUGUGAUGCUAGCAGUAUUGGUCUCGGGGCCGCUGUGUUUCAGAAGGACGGAGUUAUUGGCUAUGCGUCGAGAACACUCACUGCUACCGAGAAAAAUUACGCACAGAUCGAAAAAGAGCUCCUCGCUAUACUAUUUGCCUGUGUCAGAUUCGAUCAGCUGGUAGUUGGCAAUCCCAAAACAACAAUCCGCACUGAUCACAAACCACUUUUGACGGUGUUCAAAAAACCGUUGUUGUCAGCGCCACGCCGAUUGCAGCAUAUGUUGCUCAAUCUGCAGCGCUACAAUCUUUCAAUCGAGUAUGUUACGGGCAAAGAAAACGUUAUCGCAGAUGCACUCUCACGAGCCCCUUUACCAAAUCAGCAUAGCGACAAAUAUGAAAAGCAGAGCAUCCUAAAAGUGUUUAAAAAAUUCAAGACGUCUCUCUUAGUAAUUUCCUAA